ACUUCCGCACCUCCACUGGAGCAUCCUCAUCCUCAAACAGCCAGAUCUUGUUUUAUGAUUUUGUUUGACCGUCGAUAAACAGCCCUAAAUCAACUACCUCCAGAAAAUUUCAGUUUUGUAUUUCACACAAAGGGGGAGUUUCCUAAUCAUAAACUUUCCCUCGUUUACAUAAAUUCAUAAUUAGAUUAUGGGAAAAUUUGAAGAAAUCUUCCUCUGGGAAAAUCAGGUACAGUGUUACAGACUCUGCAGAAUGCAGACUCCAGGUCCAAGUAGAUCAGUCUUCGACUACAACUUGCAUUGCUCAGUUCUUCUUAUUCGGGAAAAUUUGCAAGUUUUUGUGAGUGCGACAAGUGAGCCGGAAAGCAUUAUUAUUUUUGCGAAAAUUGCACCAAAUUUGACAUCAAGAAAUUCACUACAAAAGAGCGUACCAGUAAGAAGCCCACCCGAGAACAAUUCACCGCUUGUACGCGAUUCUCCCAGAACCGCAAGAAAAAAAAAAGAAAAAGUAAAUCCAGCCAAUCUAACGCAAAAUCGAAAAUAUUCCAGGAACUGUUUGAUUUUACUGUUCCAAAUAGUAAAGAUCAAGAAAAGUAUGCAAUAUGUAAAUCUUGCGAGGGAAAUCCCAAAAUAAAAAUGACAAAUUCAAACACGACUGGAAUCAACAAGCAUAUGCAGAGAUUUCAUCGCAAAGAAUACAUUGAAGCAUUUCCGACAUGUAAUCAGCAGAAUGUCGGAAGAACUGAAAAUGAUUUUGUCCCAAAUGAGUUCACAAGAAUGGUUGUUGAAUGGUUAUCUGUUAAUCACUCGUAUAUACCAUUCAGCUUCUUUGACGGCAAACUAACACAGCGCCUGUUCAAAUACCUGAAUCCCAGUGCGAUAUUCCACAAAAGAACAGCAUCAAGGGCUCACGUACUCUGUACAUUCAACAAAAUGAAAAAGGUGAUCAAAAAAAUUAUUGAGGAACAAAAGUCGAAAUUCUCGUUCACGAUUGACAUCCGUAGGUAAUAAAUCCUACUACGGGAUUACUGGGCAUUUCAUCGAUGGAGAUUGGGAAGAAGUUCAGGGCAUCACAAUGGAGAAUGCGACAGCAAACCUGACGUUCAUUCAGUAAUUGCAAAAGUUGCUGAAAGACAUUAAUGAUGUGGACUUUAGUGUCACGGAUCAGCAUUUUCGAUGUCUUGCCCAUAUUAUAAACUUGGCUGUGCAGCGUAUAUUGCGGUAGCUGGGAGCGGCGGAAGCAGAUGAGGACCUCUACAGGGAAAAUGAAAGCGCUGAUGAUGCAUCAGAGAAUAAAGAAGAAGAUGCAGGCAGUACCAAGAAACUGCGAAAUAAACUGAAGAAUUGUUGCGAAUCGCUAAAUAUUAAAAUCAUAGCAACAAUAAUGGAUGUUUGUACGAAGAGGAAUUCGACAUACAACAUGAUGGAGGCAGUUUUGCAUCUAAAGCUUGCUUUAAUCUUGCUGUGCGAGGACAACAUCGAUAAACAAGGCAGAUUCAGCCUAGGCCCAUCUGACUGGACUCUGAUAACCGAAGAAUUCACAAUUUUGGGUAAAUUUAAUAUAAUCUCAACAACUCUUGGAGGUGAUAAGUAUGAAACUCUCCCAAGAGCUGUUUUAGGAUUUAAUAUGUUGCUGGACAAAUUUUACGGAGCAAUUCUUCGCCUGGGUAGAAAAGAAGCAAGGACUGCAACUGACCUAGUAUUAUAAACUGCUCUACAGGCUUCCACAGAAAAAAUUCUUCAGUAUUAUUGGAAGACAAACUGGAUCUAUUGCGUGGCUCUGAUAUUAGGUCCGAGGCAUAAAACUGAAUCUUUCAAGUCAAUCAGCUGGGAAAAUAAUUGGAAAAGGAUUUCAUUCAAAAAGUUUGAGGAAUUGUACAAAACAAUGUACUACAAAUCCCCAGAUGAAGAAAAUUGGGAGAAUCAACUUUCCAGCCAAACAGGUAACGAAGAUAAUACUGUCAGCAAUCUUCAUUUUGAUGUGGACUCCUUUUAUGACUGUGAAAUAUCCACGUCUACGUUUUCUCAAGCGGGUGAGAGCUGGAGGAAGGAAGUCGAUGAGUAUACAUUAAUAAAGCGCGCUGACAGAAGCCAAGACAUUCUAUCUUGGUGGAAGUUGCACGAGCGGAUUUACCCAAAUCUCUCACGAAUGGUAGCAGACAUUUUGUGCACACCUGUGACUUCGGUUUCAGUUGAAAGAGUGUUUUCACGUGCUGCGUUAACGAUGCGAAAACACCGAAAUAGGUUGGAAAGUGAUUAAGCUGAAUGUCUUUUAUGUUUGAACUCAUGGGUGACAUGUAGUUUGGGUAAAAAAAAUACAAGAGAGACUUCAUCUUAAAAAUGACAUGGAUGUAAAUAAUGCAAUCAUUGAAGAGUGAAAUUUUCAUUAUAAUUAUAAAUAUAUGUACGUAUGUCUGUAUGUGCGUAUGUAAGUACGCAUGUAUUCAAGUAUGUAUGUGCAAUGCAUUGCAUGUAGUGCGCCUGGUGUUUUAAAUGUUGAGUAAAAUCAGAAGUGUUUAAGAACGCUAGAAUUUCGAAAUAUAAGAUACUGAUAACAUGUGUUCUCAUAAAUACUAGUCAAUGUCUGUUUUUAUGUAAUCGUAAUCCUCAUGAAAUAAAUGACCAUUCUGAAUGCUUGACCUAGAAUUUGCGUGGGUUGCAGUUAUUUAAAUGUAAACCUAUUUCUUAAAUCCAAACCAAAGACAUGAUUAAAUAUUAUGUGCAACUAUUUAUAAAUUUUUUUUCUCUUUUAAUAGAAAUGUUUGGGAGCAAAAACUCCGACAUUCGUCGCUGACCAUGUAAGGUACAACUUCAUAUUCCUUUAUAUUUUAUCUCUUUGAAUUAGAAGUAACACAUUGUAA